UGAGUCUACGUCAAUGGCAUUAUUCAGUCUAGCUUCCUAUUUUGAUCGAAGGCGGUUAACAUUGAGUCACGUUUUGUACCAAGUAAGAAUCCUAUUGGAUAUACGUACCAAUGAAUAGCCACGAACAUAUCUGUCAAAUACACUGCAUGUCUAUGUAAAUUGAGAUGGUGAAAGCCAAUUGCAUUUUUAUGUGUGUAAAAGGUUCUACUUCAUUCAGGCUCAAACAUCACAGAAUUGGCACUGGAGAAAGAUAUUAUUUACAAGAAAAGGGAAGUAAUAACGAGAGCAUAAGCUUUAGUCAGACGACAGUCGGACGACUUUGAAUAAUAAAUAACAAUCGGUGAGAAAAAUCCAAUUCGAAUUCGAGUUCCGAGAAAUUGAAAAAAAAAAAAAAAAAUUUGAAUAACUGGAUGGAAAACCAAUAAGAUGAGAUUCGUGUGUAGGUUAUAAUUGAGGAAGCGAAAGAAAAAGAGGAAAUUAUAAUUUUAGAUCGUCUCAGUUGUUGAUUUGAGUCUUAAAAACGCCCUGGCUUAAUCAUAAGACUGAGUAAUUUAUAUGUUAAGCACUUGAAUCGACUCAAUCUAGACAAAAUAUCUUGAACAGGUUUUGUACUGAAUCAGCAAAUGCCGAAGUUUCAUAUCCGGCCCUUCCAACCGCGCACGGCUCUUAUGCUAAUUUUCUCAGUCUUAUAAACUGAUAUUCUAAGGAUUCGGCUUCCACGUAUGCUGGACAAAUGUCUUCUAGGUUAAAUUUUAACGGGUCUUAAAUUUUUAAAAGACUUAGAAUUGAAAAAUUUUUCGGUUCGUUUUAUUCUAGAGGCGAUCUGUCUGCGGUGCCCGGGUUUGGCAUGUUUGUAUGCGUGCGCAAGUCGAUUGAAAUUGUUUAUAUUUGAAGACAAUCACCAGCUGAUCAGUGAUCAAUGUAAGAAUCUCCAUUCAAUCACAGUAAACACUACUUGUGCAGUUGACACUAUAUGUGACUAAAGACUUAAAGAUGGAAGAUUCGAACGCCGAAGCGACCGAAAAUAUCGAAGUAGAUUCAACUCCAGAUGAUUCGUGUGAUGGCGAACGAAAAUACCUUGAAGACAAGGCAGAGAUGGUUCGUGGGUUACUACAGGAGCGAGAAAUUCUCGAACGAGCACACGAAGAGGAGGUGGAGGAGCUUCGAUUUUCCUUCGAGAGCGAGAAAGAGAAUAUACUUCAGGCUUUUGAGUGUGAGCGUGAAGAAAUGCGAAGGGCUUUCGCCAAGGAGAAAGAGAAAAUACGCUUCGAGUUUCAAGAGGAGAAGCAUGUCAUGAAAAUGGCAUUCGAAGACGAGAAAUUAAAAAUCGUUAGCCUGCUGGAGAAAGAGAUAGAUGAACUGAGGAAAGGGUUUGAUAAGGAAAGAAAGGAAAUGCAGGAUUCCUUUGCUAAGACACUCAGAGACAGAGAUCACCAUUUUCGACUCGAGAAGGCAGAAAUCGAAGGCAAAGUAAGGAAGGAGAUCGAGCGAGUACAGGAAGUCGAAGGCGAAAUCAAAAGCGCUUUACUCAAAGGCCUCGGUGACCUAGAAAAUGUUUAUUUCGACGAAACAGCUGUACUAGAACAGUGGGGUAACAACGAACAACCAGAGGCUGAUAUGUACUUGAAGAGGAACUCAGAAACUGGUUUGAAAAUCGAUCGAAAGCAGCUAUUUCAAAACAUGGACGAAGAGAAAAACAAAAUGUUUAUGUAUCACUCAACUAGGCAGAGCGAACUGGAACACGAGUUCUCAGGGGAGAUCGUAGAGCUUCAAGAAAAAUUUAAAGAGCAGAAAAAAGACUUGAUGAAUAUCUUUAAAAACGAGAAGCAGGAAUUGGAAGAAAAAUAUCGACGGGAGAAGGAAGAUAUCCGAUACAAAAUCGAGACAGAGUUUCGCCGUGUGCUGAAGCAAGAGCGUCUGAAAUACGACUCCACCUUUCAAGCCUAUGAACAUGAUAUUACGAUGCUGAGAUAUCAGAAAGAACAGCUUGAGCGAUGCUAUACUCUUGAAAUGGAGAAACUACAGUUUAAGUUUGAAAGGGAUCGUCUCGAAAUGGAGAAAAAGUUACAGCGAGAGAAGAGAGAAUUUAAGCGCCUGUUUAAGGAGCACUACGCUAGGAAGUCAUACAACGAAAGGUCAAGACUUGAAUGGCUUUUGCAGCAGUUUAAUUUAAACGAUUCCCAGUUAUUACAAGCGAAUUCACGAUCGAGUUCCUGUAAUGAGAUUUUUCGUGGUUCUAACUCGAGUUUCACAUCAGGAUCAAGUGAGUUGUAAAUGAUUUCAGCAAAGGAUUCGAUCAGUACGACUUGGUAUUGUAAUUCGUUAAUCGAAUACUGACUAACGUGACGUCAGUCAAUCUGUCUCACGCUUGACCUGAGCUGUGCAUAACAAAACUUCAAAAUCAAUUUGCUUUUCAUUACAAAGUAAUAGGUUUUUCUCGGCAGAACGAAUGUGUACAAUAUGGAUAAAGCGAACCAUGGUAAAUUCAUCAGUUCUGACAGUAUAAAAAUAUUAUCUUGCUUCAGCGAAGACAGAAAAUAUGCAAGUAUAGUAUAUUGUUAUAUAAGAAUAUUCAGAUUAAAACUGACAGCCAAUUAUCUACGAAAGUAAAUGGAGCUAUUGAGAAAGCUAUUAAUAGUUAAUAACAUUCAUUGAUAACUCGAUUUCUUUCUAAAAUUCUUUUUUUUUUUUCCUCUUCAAAAAUGAAAGUUAUGGAUAUAGACAUCUUAAAAAAAGAUGAAAUUUAUUUCAUAGAUUUAUGUAUAUAUAUUUUUUUGUCCGAAUUUCAGAUAAUAUAAAGAUUAUUCAUGAAAGAAUUAUUAAAUUGAAUGAGUACAUUGA